UUCUUUCAAAGAGCAGUCGAUAGCAGCUACUGAUCGCAGCGGUACUUUUUUUUGCGCACUUUUUCUACGCCACAAAGCGAUGCAGGAACAAAUUGUGAUAAAAAAAGAGGAGCUUGUUAUUGAUGAUACCAAGAUAAAGCUUGAGUUAGAUGAAGAUGCACCCCAGUUGGAGCUGCCGUGUGCGACCCGCUUUAUUAAUAUCAUAGAGGAGAAGCCUAAUAUGAUAACGGUGCCAGUGCAUGACUACAAAUCCGAGGACGAGCAAAAGUUUAUUGAGAGUCUCCGCACGCUCGAUCAGCAGCACAAGUUAUUUGUGACAUCAUCCUGUGAAAAUGAUAGCACACUUGCAUGCAACAUUUGCAGUUAUAGGUGUGAAAAUCGUCUGGCGCUGGCCUCGCAUCAGAUCAACCACCAGUUAAAUCGACAUUUUUGCUGUUAUGGCUGUGGAGUUUGGUGCGACAUGUUGGAGGAAAUUCUGGAGCAUGAAUUUCGUCAGCAUGCGGGCGGUAUUAGUGGAUCUAACUGCAGGAUUUGUCUGUUGGAAUGUAGCGAUGCUGCCAGCCUGGCUAAGCACCUAAGCAGUCACUAUUUUGUUCGCCGCUUUGUUUGCGCAAUAUGUCGCAGGCACUUUGAGACGAAUCCGGGUCUGCAGCUGCAUUGGCAGCACAGCAAGGAGCUAUGCGGACAAGUGGAGUAUGCAGAUAUGCAUGCUAAUUUGGGUCAACUAGUGGCGGUUAAUAAGUUGGACACAAGCUUCGACGUCCAAAUCAAAACAGAACCGUUGGAUGCAGCAGAUGAGCAAACAGAGCAGGACGUAGAAAUGUCUGAUGUCCUUAUCAAAACAGAACCACAGAUUAAAGAAGAAAAAGAAGAAGAGUCAAAGUCUGACCGUGAGCCAAGCUGGGCAAGUGAUAACAGUCUAGCAGGAAAAUUGCGCGGCAAAUUGCGCCUGCCAGCCAUAAAGAAACCUGUGAACGUGCAAACUGCUAAAACUCCCAUGUUUCCAACCAUACAACGUAAGCCGAGCUUCAAAACUACAAGAAAUAUCGCACAAAAUGAAUUAAUCAUUAUUAAUUCCUCAUUUGCAGUUGUACCAUCUGACCAAUUGAAGUCCGUACAAUUAUCCAUCUCUGAGCCAAAGCUGUUGACUAACAUUUUGACUGCAAGAAAAGGCUCCGUAAAUCAACCUAAAGUCGUACAACCCGUAAAGGAUAAGCCCCACAUAGCAGGUAACAUCUUGAAGGUGCUUCCCAGCAACUGUAUGCUGUUCAAAUUGCCACCAAAUACAAAAAUCGUCAAGAUAUCGCCUAGCUCGGGCAGCGCAAGCACAACUAAUUGCUCCACAGGCAGCAAAGCUGUAACACCGCCAAGUGCCAUGUCGAUAAGUUCGGCUUCACAGCCGAGCAGUAGCCCAGCCGUUGCAAAGGCACCUAGUGCAGGUGCAUCACAAAAGCCCCCGUUGAAUCGCAAUGCCUACUUCAAUGCCUUAAGUUUGUUUGAGAGCCUGCCCGAAUCUCGCAAGAUCAUCGCUGAGUUCCAGAAUCAAAUACGCAGCAUAGAGGAAACACUUCCGAUGCCCGGGAGCGUCCUGCAAAUGCCAAAGAAAAACAAUAAACCGGUGGCGCAAACGGAAUUGGAGGUGCUUAGGAUGCCGCUCACCAAAGAGAGCCACUCGAAAGUCCGCCAGUUGCGUUUCACCUAUCCUAAUCAUCGUUUCCACUGGGAGUGUCCAAAAUGUGCGCGUUGCUAUGAACUAUAUUUGGCAUUCUGCAAUCACUUGACGCAGGUGCAUGGCAUUGCGGACGCGGAGUUUGAACAGAUAGAGGUGGAAGUAAAAAUGUAUAAGAAAUCGAAUGAGUCUAAGAACUUGCAAGCUACAAGUACUACAUCGACGCCUGUUGCGGAAGCCGCAGCAUCACAUGAAAAAGUAGCAGCAGCUGUGAAAGCAUAUUCUGUUGCACCAGAAGCAUCCGCUCCAGUAUCCGCAUCCGCUCCUGUCAACUACCCAGCAGUGGCUGCUCCUGCCGUAUCAUGUCUAAAGCCAUCUUCUGAAGAUUCUUCUUUUCCACCCAUCUCUGCUAAGUCAGCACGACCAGGACCCAUCGUUCGUCCCGCUCAGUAUCAAUGCGACGAUUGCGCCAAAUGCUUUACCACAGUAGGCGCCUUGCGCAUUCAUAAGAUGAUUCACACCGGCGAGCUGCCGCAUAAAUGCAACUUCUGUGAGAAACGCUUUCGGACGCCCGGUCAGGUACGCGUCCAUCAACGCAGGCAUACGGGUGAAAAACCAUUCAAAUGCAAGGUCUGUUCGCUGGAUUUCACACAUCGGGAGACGCUGAUCUCGCAUCUAUCACGUCACAUUGGUAUGAAGCGCUACAAGUGCUAUGGAUGUGAUAAGAAUUUUGUAGUGGUCAGUGGCUUGCGCGCACAUCGCCGGCUACGCCCAGAUACGUGCGGCAAAGUUAAGUUCACGGCUCGUGCGCACGGUCCACGUGUGCGUGUGAUACGCGGCGAGGUGGUUUUCGAAUCCCAUCCCGAGCACAAUGGUUAUUUGCGCAGCGAGGAUCCAAUAAAUAUCAUUUCCGAGAUUAAGCAGGCCUCUGUUACUAAAGAGUCUAAGUCAAGUUAACGCAUUAAGAUAUUUCUUUUUUUUUAUUGAUUUCGCUUUAUCUGUAAUCUAUAUAUUUUGAACAUUGUAAUUUUUUC